AUGAAGCGUGAACAUGUGGAUGGUGACUUCAUAAAAAGAGAGAAAGAUAGAGGGAAGUAUUCAAGAGAGCUGAGUGAGGAUGUGGAGGCUGCCAGUGAGACCACCACAGAUCAGGAGGACCAAACCAAAGACAGAGAGAGUGGGGGGGAGAGGGAGCUCACCAAAGGGACAGGGUCCAACCAGUCAGAGAGGGAUCAGACGGAUUCCCCAGUCCCCUCCAAGCGGCCUUCCUCAAGGUCGGAGACAGUAGAAAGCCCCCUCUCACCUAAGAGACCCAGGACAGCUGAGAAGAGCAGUGGAGAGCAGAUGUACCAGUGCCCCUACUGCAAAUUCAGCAACACAGAUCUGAACCGCCUCAGAAUGCACGUGAUGACACAGCACUCAGUGCAGCCCAUGUUCCGCUGCCCGCUGUGCCAGGACAUGCUCAACAACAAGGUCCACCUGCAGUUCCACCUCACCCAUCUCCACAGCGUGGCACCAGACUGCGUAGACAAGCUCAUUGCCACUGUGGCAGCAUCAGAAGUACUGCCAGCAAGCAUGUUCAUACCAGUCCCUGGACCAGAUAGAGAUACUCAAAACACACCUCAGUCCAACUCAAGCUCAGAAGACAGUAGGAAACAAACAGAGGUGCCAGAUGUUGAGCCUGAGAAAGGAGUUUGUUUGGCCACAGAUACAGCUGAAGCUCGCAAGUCUCCUCUUGAAGAACAACAGCCUGCAAGAGAUGAUUCUACUGGUUUUCUUUGUUGGAAAAAGGGCUGUAACAAAGUCUUCAAAUCCUCCAACGCCCUUCAGAUGCACUUCAAUGAGGUCCACAAUAAAAGGCCCCAACUGCCUGUCUCCGAUCGUCAUGUCUACAAAUAUCGUUGCAACCAGUGUAGUCUGGCAUUUAAGACAAUAGAGAAACUUCAACUGCAUUCCCAAUACCAUGUCAUCAGAGCAGCCACAAUGUGUUGUCUUUGCCAGCGCAGCUUCAGGACCUUGCAGGCACUCAAGAAGCAUCUGGAGACCAAUCACCUUGAGUUGAGUGAAGCUGAUAUCCAGCAACUCUAUGGAGGUUUACUAAUGAAUGGAGAUCUGAUGAUUAUGGGUGAUCCCUCACUUGGAGAGGACCAGGGAAGUCUUCUUGAUGAUGAGAAGGAGGGAGAGGAAAGUGACCCUGAGGAAAAGCAAAGCCCAACUGGCAGUGACUCUGGAUCUUUGCAAGAGGAUUCUGGAUCUGAACCCAAACGAGCUCUGCCAUUUAGAAAAGGCCCCAAUUUUACUAUGGAGAAAUUUCUUGAUCCAUCCCGUCCAUUCAAGUGUACAGUCUGCAAAGAGUCGUUUACCCAAAAGAAUAUCCUCCUUGUACACUACAACUCAGUGUCUCACUUGCACAAAGUCAAAAGGGCCCUACAGGAAUCCACCACUGGCCAGCCAGAACCAACCAGCAGCCCUGAUAAUAAACCCUUUAAGUGCAGCACUUGCAAUGUAGCAUACAGUCAGAGUUCAACACUAGAGAUCCAUAUGCGCUCUGUUCUUCAUCAGACGAAGGCCAGGGCAGCAAAGCUUGAAGCAGCUGGUGGCAGUUCAAGCUCUGGUAACAGUAGUGGCCCAAGUGGAAGCACUUCUAAUAGCACUUCAACCCCAAGCCCAAUUCCAACCACUAACUCCACUACAAGUUCUAGCAACAACAGCAGCUCCCCAGCAGGAUCUCAGACAGCACAGAGCAUCCUGGGAGGUAACCAUCUGAGUCAUUCUCAUAAUGUUGAGAAUUUGGGCAACUCAGCAUGUCAUUCGUCCCCUUCUGAGAACCAUGAAAUGAAAAAGAAGAAAUUUUCUGAUAUGCUUUCUUCAAGGGGCCAUCAGCAGCAACUCCAGCAGCAGCAGUUGGCUCAGGCUCAAGCACAGGCCCAAGCCCAGUUCCAACAGGAGCUCCAGCAGGCCGCUCUCCUUCAGUCCCAGCUCUUUAACCCUCUUCUCCAGCACUUCCCAAUGACAACAGAUGCUCUUCUCCCACUUCAGCAGCAGCAGUUGCUCUUUCCAUUUUAUAUUCCUGGGGCAGAGUUUCAACCGAAUCCAGAAUUGAAUCUUAGUAGCUCUUCACUAAACUUGAGUGGAUCUGCUGCUGCUGCACUAUUGGAAGAACAAAAGAAUUCUGCCCAGCAGAGCUGCUUACAACAGCAGCUUAUGCACCAUCACCUUCAACAACAGCACCAAGCUCAUUCCCACUCCCAGGGUUCAAGCCAAAUGGCUUUUCUUCAACAGAGUGCUCUAUCUCACCCAGUAGAAAAAAAGCCAAAGCCAUCUCUCCAUAGCGAGAAAGAAAGAGAGCUACUAAAGGAUAAAGAAAUUAGUGAUAAAGCAGAGGAUCAUGCUCCAAAAGAUAUUGUAGACAAUUCAAAGUCCAAAGAAAAGAAAGAUGCUCCACAAACUGUAGUCAAUGUGAACCAUGACUCUGGAUUUCCUCCACCGAGGAUUGCCUCAGAUGCCCGUGGAAAUGCCACAAAAGCCCUGUUAGAGAACUUCGGAUUUGAGCUGGUAAUUCAGUACAAUGAGAACAAGCAAAAAGCACAAAAAAAGCCAGCAGGAUCUCUAUCAGGAUCCAGUGGGCCAGCUGGUAUCACCAGAGUUGUUGACCCCUUUGAAGGAUUAGAGAAACUGGAGUGUGAGUCCUGUGGGAAGCUCUUUUCAAACAUAUUGAUUCUAAAAAGUCACCAGGAGCACAUCCACCAGGCUUUCUUCCCAUUCCGAUUCCUAGAGAGAUUUGCCAAAGAGUACAGAGAACAAUAUGACAAGCUGUACCCAUUGAGACCCCAGACACCCGAAGUUGCUGCUCCUCCACCACCCCCUGCACCACCACCUCCCCAGAGGGUACCAACACCAAAUGUACCUGUUACUACUCCAACCCACACAACGCCAACUGCUUCCACCCCACAGCCUCCAGUUCCAUUGGCACAAAUCCCAAUGCAAAUGGAUCUGCCUCUUUUCUCUCCACUCAUGAUGCAGUCUAUGUCACUCCAAUCAUUACCUUCUCAAAUUCCUGCCCAACUGCCAGCUGUGGAACCCAGUCUUGCCACUGAUUUGGCCCAGCUGUACCAACAGCAGUUGACCCCUGCCAUGCUGCACCAACAGAACAAGAGGCCCCGCACCCGUAUCACAGAUGACCAGCUAAGGGUGCUUCGCCAAUACUUUGACAUCAACAACUCUCCAAACGAGGAACAAAUAAAGGAAAUGGCAGAUAAAUCAGGACUCCCUCAGAAAGUCAUCAAACACUGGUUCCGUAACACACUCUUCAAAGAGCGCCAACGCAACAAAGACUCUCCUUAUAACUUCAACAACCCUCCAAUUACCACUCUGGAAGAUACCAAAAUUGAUUCAAAGCCACCCUCCCCUGAACCUCAAAAGCAUGAAUCAUAUGGAAAUAAAAGGUCCUCACGGACAAGGUUCACAGACUACCAGCUGAGGGUACUGCAAGAUUUCUUUGAUGCCAAUGCUUAUCCUAAAGAUGAUGAAUUUGAACAGCUGUCCAAUCUUCUGAGUCUGCCAACUCGAGUCAUUGUUGUUUGGUUCCAAAAUGCUAGACAAAAAGCUCGUAAAAACUAUGAGAACCAGGGAGAGGGAGGAAAAGAUGGUGACCGACGUGAGUUAUCCAAUGACCGAUACAUUCGCACUGCCAACUUAAAUUAUCAGUGCAAGAAGUGCAGCCUGAUUUUUCAGCGCAUAUUUGACCUUAUUAAACACCAAAAGAAGCUCUGUUACAAAGAUGAGGAGGAAGAGGGCCAAUAUGACAGCCAAAAUGAGGACUCUGUAGAUCUCUCGCAUGAAUACUACACUCCAUCUGGAUCUUCGGGUCAAACCCCAAUGCCCUCAUCUUCAAGCCUCUGCCCUCUUCCUCCCACAUCCUCUGAAUUCUCUCACAUGACAUCAUCUGAAAAGGAAGAGCCUACUCCCGCUAACACCUCAAUCUCCUUUGAUGAGAAAAUAAAACACUCUGCAGAAGCAUCACAGAGCCAAAGAGAGCAAACAACUUUGAAACAGGAAACCAGCCAUCCAUCUGAAAUGCCACAGCAGAGGUCGCAAAGAGAGGAAAAGAGUCAUUCAGUCCCAAAGAGUUCUAAGCUCGCUUCACCAUCCCUCUCCCAACAACAACAGCAUAGUGGUCCCUCCAUUUCACACACCAAUCAGACCUCCCAGAGUUCCCACAUGGCCCUUAAUUCUCAUUUAGCAUCUACCUCACAGCAGCAGAUGGCCCAACAAAUGAUCCCAUAUCAGUGUGAACAGUGCAAGCUUGCCUUCCCUUCAUUUGAGCACUGGCAGGAACACCAGCAGCUUCAUUUCCUGAGUGUCCAAAACCAGUUUAUCCAUCCUCAGUUCUUGGAUCGCCCAAUGGACAUGUCCUUCAUGUUAUUUGAUCCUAGCAAUCCUCUCCUGGCUAGCCAGCUCCUAGCAGGAGCCAUACCACAAAUGUCCAGCAACUCCGCCACCUCUCCAUCAACGCCGACAUCCACUAUGAACUCCUUGAAGAGGAAGUUAGAGGAGAAAGCAGGAACUAGUCCAGGAGAAAGUGACAGCAUGAACAGUGGAGAGGAGCCACAGCGAGAUAAGCGCCUCAGAACCACUAUUACCCCAGAGCAACUUGAGAUUCUAUACCAGAAAUAUUUGCUUGACUCCAAUCCAACUCGUAAGAUGCUUGAUCAUAUUGCCCAUGAGGUGGGGCUCAAAAAACGGGUGGUACAGGUGUGGUUCCAAAACACAAGGGCCAGAGAACGAAAAGGACAAUUCCGGGCUGUUGGGCCAGCUCAAGCCCACCGUCGUUGCCCAUUCUGUCGAGCCCUAUUUAAGGCUAAAACUGCCCUUGAGGCCCACAUUCGUUCAAGGCACUGGCAUGAGGCAAAGCGUGCUGGUUACAACCUGGCACUUUCCAGUAUGUUACCUGAACAGGAGGCCAUGCAUUUGAAGAUGGAUCCCCUGGAUAUCUCUAGCUAUACUCAUCUCAUCCCUACUAAUAGCGAUGCACAAUGUUCCUCACUGUCACCUGUGAGCAAAAACAUGGACUUGUCCCCCAGGGCUCUACUGAGCCCAACGUCUAUCAAGGUCGAGGGAGUAGAGGAGUUUGAAAGCCCAACCAUUUCCUCAGUAAACACAAACUUUGAUCAAAAUAAACUUGAUAAUGAUGAUUGCUCCUCAGUGAACACGGCCAUCACUGAUACUACCACAGGUGAUGAGGCAAACAUUGACAAUGACAGUGCUGAUGCAAAACACAGCCAUAUCAGUGGAGAUUUCCUGUCUAAGUCUGGAGGCACUGUCCCCUCCAUUGAGAAUGAUGAACAAAUGUCCUCAGGACUGGUGAGCCCUGCAACAAGCUACUACACAAAAGAUUUUGAAAAUGAAAAUAUUAUAGAUUACAGUGAAACAUCUAGUCUGGCUGACCCUUGCUCACCAAGUCCAGGGGCCUCUGGGAGUAGAAGCAUUGAUAGUGGAGAUAGGCCUGGUCAAAAGCGCUUCCGUACACAGAUGACUAAUCUUCAGCUUAAGUUGCUCAAGUCCUGCUUCAAUGAUUAUAGGACUCCGACGAUGCUAGAGUGUGAGGUGCUUGGCAAUGACAUUGGACUUCCAAAAAGAGUCGUUCAGGUUUGGUUUCAGAAUGCUCGUGCUAAGGAAAAGAAGGCAAAGCUCAGCAUGGCUAAGCACUUUGGUAUCAACCAGACAUCAUACGAGGGACCCAAGACAGAGUGCACUUUGUGUGGUGUUAAAUACAGUGCUCGUGUCUCAGUAAGGGACCACAUAUUUUCCCAGCAACACAUCUCCAAGGUAAAGGACACCAUUGGAAGCCAACUUGAUAAAGAGAAAGAGUACUUUGACCCAGCGACGGUACGUCAGCUGAUGGCUCAGCAGGAGAUGGAUCGCAUCAAGAAGGCUAAUGAAGUACUGGGACUAGCACAACAACAAGCCAUGCAGCAACAAGGGAUGUUUGACACACCUGCCUUGCAAGCCUUGAACCUUCAGUCAGGUUACCCAAAUCUACAAGGGAUCCCAUCUGUUCUCCUACCAGGUGUUGGUGGUCCCUCAAUACCAGGCUUUAACUCAUCCAAUUCAGCUUUAACUCCUCCAAAACCUCCAAACCUCCUGAACAUGCCUGGUGCCAGUGUACCCUCACCUAGUCUCCCCACAUCUGGAUUACCUAACAAGACCCCUUCCUCCUCUUCCUUGGCCUCACCCAGCCCAGCUCAGGCCAGCACAUCUGUUGCCCACUCAAGCCCUACCCCUGCAUCUUCAAAUUCUGUGACAACACAACCAGCACCCCGCCCUGAACCUCCCAAAGAUCGCAAUUCUGAGAGGGCCAGGGAGAAAGAAAAACCCAAAGAGAAGGUUGAGAAGCCCCCUACACCAUCUUCUGCUGGGGGCACACCUGCUCCCUCCACUUCUGCUGCCAGUGCCAAGAAAGAAAAACCAGACACCGCUGUUCCGGCCACCUCAAUGCCGACACCUGGUAUGGAGUAUGUGGUCGACACUGCCCAGCUUCAAGCUCUGCAAGCAGCAUUAGCCUCUGAUCCAACAGCUCUGCUAACAAGUCAGUUCCUGCCCUACUUUAUGCCUGGCUUCUCUCCAUAUUAUGCCCCUCAAAUGGGUGCUCUUCAAGGUGGAUAUCUUCAGCCCAUGUAUGGUAUGGAAAGUCUUUUCCCCUACAACCCUGCUUUAUCACAAGCCCUGAUGGGGUUGUCAUCAGGAUCUUUGCUUCAGCAUUACCAGCAAUAUCAGCAGAGCCUGCAGGAUGCACUUCAACAACAGCAGAGGCAACUCCAGCAGAUCCAGCAGCCCAAAACAAGCCAAACUAUUGCCCACUCUCAAAAUGCGGUGGACCGUAAGGACUCUGCCAAAGAUCCAAUAAAAUCAGAGCAGAAGGGCAAGUCCUCUAUUGAAACCUCUUCCAUUCACAACAACCUAGCCACUGAGCAGUAUGAAGUGGACGGCAAAGGUGCAGACUGCCUUCUUGACCAAUUUAUCAUUCCCAAAGUUCCGUUCCGGCUUGCGUGCCGCAAGUGUCAAGCUGUCUUCAACAAGGAGGAAGCAGCUAUCAGCCACCUCAAGUCGAUUUGCUAUUUCGGUCAGUCUGUGGCAAACCUGCAAGAGAUGUUGCUUCGGGUCCCCAACAGUGGAAAAGCGGCAGAUGGCGGCCUGUACAACUGCCUUGCCUGUGACACCACACUGGAAGGGGACAAAGCGCUUAGUCAACACCUAGUUUCAGCCUUGCACAAACACAGAACAAUCAAGAGAUCCAGAAAUGCCAAAGAGCACGCUACUAGUUUAUUACCUCACUCUUCAGCCUGCUUCCCCAAUCCUAACACCGCACCUACCUCGCAGUCUGCUACUCACUCAAACAACACCCCAUCUCCUCCGCCAACAACAUCAGCCACCACGCCGUCCUCAUCCGUGUCUGCAUCUUCAUGCACCAGCUCCUCAUUCACGGCCACUCCACUGAACACAACAGCUGCAGGCAAACCCUGGUCCCAGACCCCUUUCUCGAGAGCUUUAGCUGGGAAGCCCAAUGCCCCCUCUUCUGCAUCGUCUUCUUUUACUCCUGUAUCCCCUCCUUCAACGGUUACCUCAAGUUCAUUGAGCACCUCAGGGGUCCAGACCUCGAUACCAACAGACGUCUUUGCCAACGAGUCUGACUCUGACAGCAGUCAGAAGUCGGCAGACAGGCUGGGCAGGCCAGCAGAGGAGCCGCAACAGCCUGGCUGUCUCAAAGACAGCAGUAGUUGUAGUAAUCUUGCAAGUGUGGAGGCGCGAGAGGCUCUGAUCCUGGAGCUGCAGGAUGUCAUCACUGAACUACACAUGGAGAUGUCUCUGAAAGAUCAGCAUGAUCUCCAACAGCUUCAAAAUCUGCUUCAGCUAGAGGCCAAAGUCAUGGAGCUUCAAAAUCAGUUACAGGUCUCAGAGGAGACUAUAGCUCAGCUGAGACUGGAGCUGACAGAGAGCAGCAGUGCCCUGCAGAAUGCUGGCCUGGGUGGGAGCGGCCUCCGAAUUCUGAGACUAGUGCUGCCCUGGGAGUUGCAAGAGGGCAGCGCCCAGGAGGGCGGCAUCCAGGCAGACCAUAGGCUGAUGCAGCAGUCUUACAAGUCCACCAGGGUUUAA